GGGAUUUAGUACAUUCUAAAGUUCGGGUCCCACACCUUGCAACGCACGGACAUUCUCACAGGCGGCCAUAGCGGUCUAAGAAGAAGGAACACCGCUGAAAUGUUAACGGCACGAGUAGCAACAUCAUUGAUAAGACAGCUCCCAAGGGCUGCACCUAAGGUGUGCCGCCAUGCCCUGGGAGCUGGGAGUGUUGCAGCUAGGAACUUGACAACUUCACAAGCCAAAUUGGCAUCUCAAAAAAGUGGAGGUGCUGAGGUGUCCUCCAUCUUGGAAGAGAGAAUUUUAGGCCAGUCAACACAGGCAAAUCUUGAAGAAACUGGACGUGUAUUGACCAUUGGUGAUGGUAUUGCACGUGUAUAUGGACUCAAAAAUAUCCAGGCAGAAGAAAUGGUGGAAUUCUCAAGUGGUCUAAGAGGUAUGGCUUUGAACUUGGAGCCUGACAAUGUUGGUGUUGUGGUAUUUGGUAAUGACAAACUUAUCAAAGAAGGUGAUGUUGUAAAGAGAACAGGAGCCAUUGUAGAUGUGCCUGUGGGUUUGGAAGUGCUCGGCAGAGUUGUAGACGCUUUGGGAAACCCUAUUGAUGGCAAGGGUCCACUGAAUUGCAAAACGAGAGCCCGUGUUGGAACAAAAGCCCCAGGUAUCAUCCCAAGAAUUUCAGUAAAGGAACCCAUGCAGACUGGAAUCAAAGCUGUCGACAGUCUUGUACCAAUUGGUCGUGGACAGAGAGAAUUGAUCUAUGGUGACAGACAGACUGGUAAAACUGCCAUUGCUAUCGAUACAAUCAUCAACCAGAAGCGUUUCAAUGAAGGGCAAGACGAGAAGAAGAAACUGUACUGUAUUUAUGUUGCUAUUGGUCAGAAGAGGUCCACAGUUGCACAGAUUGUGAAAAGAUUGUCAGACGCAGAUACCAUGAAAUACACAACUGUUGUAGCUGCCACAGCCUCUGAUGCUGCCCCUCUUCAGUACCUGGCUCCAUACUCUGGCUGUGCUAUGGGUGAAUACUUCAGGGACAACGGCAGACAUGCCCUCAUCAUUUAUGAUGACUUGUCAAAACAGGCCGUGGCUUACAGACAGAUGUCUCUGUUGUUGAAGAGACCCCCAGGUAGAGAGGCUUACCCAGGUGAUGUAUUCUAUCUCCACUCUCGUCUUUUGGAGCGUGCUGCUAAAAUGAAUGACGAUCACGGUGGUGGCUCCCUCACUGCUCUCCCAGUCAUUGAGACCCAGGCUGGUGACGUGUCGGCUUACAUCCCAACCAAUGUGAUCUCCAUUACAGAUGGACAGAUUUUCUUGGAGAACGAGUUGUUUUACAAGGGUAUUCGACCAGCCAUUAAUGUAGGAUUGUCUGUCAGCCGUGUAGGCGCAGCUGCCCAGACCAAAGCUAUGAAACAGGUUGCUGGUUCCAUGAAACUGGAAUUGGCCCAGUACAGAGAAGUAGCAGCUUUCGCCCAGUUCGGCUCUGACUUGGAUCAGGCCACACAGAACCUCCUCAACCGUGGUGUACGUCUCACAGAAUUAUUGAAACAAGGACAGUAUGUGCCAAUGGCUAUUGAAGAACAAGUUGCAAGUAUUUAUGCCGGUGUCCGUGGCUACCUUGACAAAAUCGACCCAUCAAAAAUCACAGCCUUUGAGGAAGACUUCCUCGCACACAUUCGCACAUCCCAGACAGACCUCCUGAAGGAAAUUCGUGAACAAGGAAUGAUCAGUGAAGCCAACGAUGCAAAAUUAAAAGAUGUAGUCGUAAAUUUCUUGGCCAGCUGGAGCGGUUGAUUGUAAUUCUCUCUAGGAGACAUUUUAACAAAUAAUUACCAAGUGAAGUGGGACUAUGUGUGAUAAAUGUGAAACUAAAAUAGUGCUUGGACCAACAUUCAUCAGAGUGGUCACAUUUAUGAAAGAAAUAUUUAUUGUUUGAUACUUACAUAUAGAUAUCGUUUUGCAACAAUACUGCAGGCAACCCACAAUGUAUGUACUGUUGCUGAAAAUAUUUUGUUUGAGGAUGUUUAUAAUGAAUAAAAUACUGAAAGAAUAAAAUAA